AUGGCAGGCUGGUUUUCUUCAGUUUCUCCGUUCGAGGAGCAGGUCGAGAAGGCAACGGCUUCAUCCCUAGAAGACAUCGCGUUGAACCUGGAAAUCACAGACUUGAUCCGAUCAAAGACCGUACAACCGAAGGAAGCCAUGAAGGUGUUGAAAAGGAGACUAGAGAACAAGAAUCCGAACGUUCAGCUGGCAACCUUGAAGUUGACAGAUACGUGCGUAAAAAACGGUGGCCGACAUUUCCUUCUCGAGAUAUCGUCCAGAGAAUUUAUGGACAACCUAGUUUCGCUGCUGAAAACCGAAGGUCCCAACGCCCUCAACGACAGCGUAAAGACGAAGAUACUGGACUUGAUUCAAAGUUGGGCACUUGCAACUGAGUCGCGCAGUGAACUGGCGUAUGUGGGAGAGACAUAUCGGAAAUUGCAAUGGGAUGGUUUCCAGUUUCCACCCAAGACAGAGCUGGCCAGCAGCAUGCUUGACAGCAGCGCACCUCCUGAAUGGAUCGAUUCCGACGUAUGCAUGCGAUGUCGAACACCCUUUACCUUUACCAAUCGCAAACAUCACUGCCGUAAUUGUGGCAAUGUCUUCGACGCUCAGUGUUCCAGCAAAACCUUGCCCCUACCGCACCUGGGGAUUAUACAGCCGGUGCGGGUGGAUGACGGCUGUUACGCGAAGCUGACGUCCAAGUCGUUUAACCCUCCAGGUGUAUCGAACCGACCCGGCUUCAAGUCGCCGAAGACAAGUGCUCGAAUGGAGCCUCGAGGGGGUCGUGCUGAAGCAGAUUUCGAUGAAGAUCUCAAACGCGCUCUUCAACUGAGCCUUGAAGAUGCAAAGGGUAAAUCGUCGAGCGGAUAUGUCCCGCAGUCGAAGCCGACUCCUCGCGCUACUCCUUCUAAAACGAAUGGAAAUGUCAACGAAGAAGAGGAAGAUUCAGAUCUAAAGGCGGCUAUUGAAGCUUCCCUUAAGGAUAUGGAAGAACAAAAGAGGAAGCACACUGCUGCAUUAAAGAACUCGACAUCUCUAGAGACCCCGGGGCCGGGCACAUCCGCCACUGUUCUCGCUAAAAAGGACUACGAGUUAACUGCAACUGAGGCGGAGAAAAUCAAUCUGCUGGCGACUCUAGUAGACCGACUCCAGCAUCAGCCACCGGGAACGAUAUUAAGGGAGCCCCAGAUUCAGGAAUUGUAUGAAAGUAUAGGCGCUCUGAGGCCCAAGCUAGCCCGGACAUACGGCGAAACGAUGAGCAAAUACGAUACUCUUCUAGAUUUACAUGCUAAGCUGUCGACCGUUGUUCGGUAUUAUGAUCGAAUGCUAGAAGAGCGACUUUCGAACACCUAUGCACAGCAAACCUUGGGAGCGUACGAUUCUCUACAGCCAGCCCAGUCAUCGACGAAUUUGUACCCAUCCAUGUCUUCACACAUUUCAGAUAAUCAAGGAGGCGCGGAAAGUUUCUACCUUGGGUCCGGUCCUGAUCGGCAAUUUCCACAUGCUUACCCCCCUAUGAGCAGGCAGUCAUCGGUGGACCAGUAUGAGCAACGCUCCCCGUCGGCAGCGGCUGGUACUGCCCCGGGAAUGUAUGCGCGCCCCGUUUCACAGUAUAAUCCCCCUCGCCAGCCAUGGAAUCAACCCGCAGAUGCCAACCCCCAAAUCCCAAGCCCCCAUCAAAACCGCUCGCUAUCAUAUUCAAACCAACCCCUUCAACAUGUAGCUGUAGGUGGUCAGAUGAAGCAGGACUCUGCCCAUCCCACCGGCCAGCAGCCACCGUUCGCGGAGGGGCAAUACCCCCAGUCGCCCGUUACAUUCCAGAACUCUCAAUACUCGCAACCCAUUGCAGCGGCGGCUUCUUCAGGCCAGCAACACCCUCCGUCUAGAACUGUAGCGGAACCCUUGGCUUCGCCUCCACCUGCAAUGCAGUCGACGCCGUCAUAUGCGUUCCAAGGAUCCCAGAAAGGUGGGCCGUAUGAGCCUACUUUCGAUACGACCAGCCCACCAGUGCAAUAUACCGACCAGUACCACCAACCGUCGUACCAUUGGCAGCAGACGACUUCGGCCACACAGAAUGCGUACCCUGCUCGCCCCAUAAAUGGCACUCAAAUAUCAGAAGAUACCUCCCUCCCAACGCCACAAUCGCCGUAUCAGUUGCCACUACAGCCACAGCCCAAGCCGGUUGAAGAGAGUCUAAUUGAGCUGUGA